AUGGAGCAGCAUUUCACCGUCACCUUCCCUCCCGGAUCCUACCACCACCACCACCACCGCUACGACGCCGUCGCGGCCGCCGCGCCGUCGCCGGACUUCGACACGAGCGACAUGGACGACGUGGCCUUCCUCAGCACCCUCUUGGCGUCCACGGACCAUGCCUCCUGCUCUGACCCCUCCCUCUCUUCAAGCCCGUCCUCCUCCGACAUGACGGGCGUGGGGGAUGCCGCGCCACAUGUGCCAGCGGGGAGCAGCAGCAGCAGCAGCUCGCCGAAGCGCCGUGGUCACCACGCCCCCGCGGGCAUGCCCAUUGGCAAGGACUUCAUCGGGGUGCGCACGCGCCCGUGGGGCAAGUUCGCGGCCGAGAUCCGGGACUCGACGCGGAAGGGCGCCCGCGUGUGGCUCGGCACCUUCGGAAGCCCCGAGGCGGCCGCCAUGGCCUACGACCAGGCCGCCUUCUCCGCGCGCGGCGACGCGGCCGUGCUCAACUUCCCCGUCGAGCGCGUCCGGGAGUCGCUCCGCGCGCUCGCGCUCGGCGCCGUCGUCGGCUCGCCUGUGCUCGCGCUCAAGCGCCGCCACCGCAUGCGCAGGCGGUCGCCCAACAAGAAGCCUGUGAAACAGCCACGAGUCGCUGCCGUGAAGGAGGACGCACGGCCGGCGACGGCGGGCGUGGUGGUGCUGGAGGACCUGGGUGCCGAGUACCUGGAGGAGCUCCUCUGGGUGUCCGAGCCGCCCAUGGAUCAUCUCCACGGAACGGCGACGGCGUCGUUCUGACAUUGCAAGCUUGUCUGCUUGGAUUAGUGGGCUCAUGCGAAAUUAAUCGCAUGCGCCUUCUCCGCGUUCUCACUGUGAAGAAAAUGCAUGCGUUCCCGCACAAGAAUUUUCUUUUUUGCAUGUGUAGUUGUGUACACGGUACAUAAGUAAUCGGUGUACUCCA